AUGAAGUAUCCACUUCUGUUAUUGGGCAGCCUCAGUUUGGCCCACGGACUGGCCUUGUACUAUCCGUAUGUGUACACCGCCGAGGGAUCAGCGGUUUUCACGCCCACCCAGCGGCAGUACAUCGCCCAAGAUCAGUUGGGUCAGUACUCGUAUGGCUAUGCGGAACCGCUGUCCAGCAAGCAGGAGACCCGCACCAUCGACGGAAUCACCAGGGGAACCUACAGCUACCGGGAUGCAGCGGGAAAACUCCAGACCGUCGACUAUGUGGCCGAUAACGAGGGUUUCCAUGUGGCAGCCACCAAUCUGCCAAAGGCCGUAGUUCCACAGGAGUCGCUUGGCAUCGGUCCGCGGAGCCUGGUGGAACAUCCCGUGGAGCAUCCCGUUGUGGUGCAACAUCCUGUCAACCCGCAUCCUGUGGUCAAGCAUCCCGCUGAAGUUAAUCACCCGACUCUAGUGGAAACAGGUAGAAGUGUUCAGCCAGAGGUUCAUCCCCGUGUGGAGCAUCCUGUGGAGCAUCACUCCGUUUCCGGAUCACCUGUUGGCCACUCCCAGUUGCCCCAUCCCGUCAGCGAUACUGUAGAAGUGGCUGCUGCCAAAUCUCUGCACCUGAAACGCGUCGAGGAUGAAGCGGUGCGCAACCAGGUGGUAGCUAAGGUGGUGACCAAGGUUCCAGUUCCAGUGGCCCGCAGCCACCACGUUGUGGUUCCAGCUCCCGUCUACGGGUACACAGUUCCCCGGUACUACUCCCCUGGUUUCUACUACUGA